CAUUACUUGACUACCUUACCUGUACUACCAACAUCUGUGUGUGAACGCAGUCCCCAGCCAAGGCUAUCUCCGCAUACCAACCGCUCGACCCCCAAAACCUACACGCCUGCUACUUAAGCUCGCGUGUCCGGACCCAUUGCUCUUCUCGUUGAUCAAAUCUUCAACAAAGAACAUUUCUCCUCUCUCAUCAUGGUAUUUGCACGCUCUGCCCUCCGUGCUGCUCGCCCAGCAAGCUCGCUGCUUUCGCAGAGAGCGACAACCGCAUUCGCACAACGUGGAGCUUCGCUCUCCAAGACGACAGCAACCUUCGGAGGCAUCAGAACGCUGACCGCAACCUCGCGACAACAGGGCAAGGUUCUUCUCGUUCUCUACGAUGGCCACGAGCACGCGACUCAGGAGCCUCGUCUGCUCGGUACCACGGAGAACGAGCUGGGUAUCAGAAAAUGGAUUGAGGACCAGGGCCACACGCUGGUAACCACCUCCGACAAGGAGGGUGAGAACAGCAAGUUCGACCAGGAGCUCGUCGACGCUGAAGUCAUCAUCACUACACCUUUCCACCCCGGUUACUUGACUGCGGAGCGUCUCGCCAAGGCCAAGAACCUGAAGCUGGCCGUCACUGCGGGUAUCGGUUCCGAUCACGUCGACCUCAACGCUGCCAACAAGACCAACGGCGGUAUUACCGUUGCCGAGGUCACGGGCUCCAACGUCGUGUCCGUCGCUGAGCAUGUCAUCAUGACCAUUCUCGUGCUGGUCCGCAACUUUGUUCCAGCUCACGAGCAGAUCGCUUCUGGUAACUGGAACGUUGCCGCUGUUGCCAAGAACGAGUACGACUUGGAGGGGAAGACGGUCGGUACCGUUGCUGUGGGCCGUAUUGGAGAGCGUGUUCUGCGCAGACUCAAGGCAUUUGACUGCAAGGAGCUCCUCUACUACGACUACCAGCCACUUUCUCCCGAGGUGGAGAAGGAGAUUGGCUGCCGACGAGUAGACAAGCUCGAGGAUAUGUUGGCACAGUGUGAUGUGGUCACCAUCAACUGCCCACUCCACGAGAAGACUCGCGGUCUGUUCAACAAGGAGCUCAUCAGCAAGAUGAAGAAGGGCUCGUGGCUCGUUAACACGGCACGUGGUGCCAUUGUCGUCAAGGAGGAUGUUGCCGAGGCCCUCAAGUCUGGCCAGCUCCGUGGAUACGGAGGUGAUGUGUGGUUCCCACAGCCCGCACCCAAGGACCACCCACUCCGAUACGCCUCGUACACGACCUGGGGAGGUGGUAACGCCAUGGUGCCUCACAUGUCUGGUACCUCCAUCGAUGCACAGGCCCGCUACGCCGCUGGCACCAAGGCCAUUUUGGACGAGUACUUCAGUGGACGCCAGAACUACCGACCAGAGGACUUGAUCUGCCACAAGGGAGACUAUGCCACCAAGGCUUACGGUCAGCGCCUGAGGGCAUAGAGAUUUCCGUCUCUCUGUCUCUCUCGGAGAAAAGAUAAUGCCAUAUAAUGAGUUCUGUGUAACGAGUAUUUAGCGUCUGCAGGAGAAGAAGAAGAAAGAAGAAGAUACCUUUUUUUUUAUGCCACCAGCAAAACUUGAC